CAUUACUUUGCUUCACUCCAGAGAUUCCCGGUGUUCAAUUUUUACCAAAACUUGGAUUUUUUUAACACAUUUCGAGUUCAUCGACUCGGAAGUGUUACCCAUGAAGAUGAACAACACGGAGCUAGAGAGUCUGCAAUCGCAGCUGAGAAAGGAGAUACAGAGUCAUCAGAUUUUAGUUGCUAAGAUGAAAAACGACCCACAGAAUGCCGAACUGCAGAGGCAGCUUCACGACCGCCAAGCAAAAAUCACCGCUCUCAGCGAGAAACAGAAAAAAGUUAUUCAGCAACUCCGAAAAGAAUAUGGUGUCAAAGAUAAUGCACAGGUAUCUCGAAGCGAGAAUAAAGCACCCCGAUCAACUAUAAUACAGAUGGGGCAACAAAUACAUGUCAAGAGUGCAGUUACAGUGGAGAAAUCUAAACCCGAUGUCCCAAAGCUUGUUUCUUCUCCUACACAAUCUUCGAAAAUUUCCAUCAUGGCCGCCAGAAGCCCCACUGCCCGUGUUCAAAGUGCACCGCUCAGGGUACCACAGUUGAAUAGAGUUCUAUCACAGUCUAAUAGGCCACCUCCGCUACUCAGUCACAAUCGGCGAUCACAUAUCAUAAGUCAGUGAACGACGACCAUCCACACCAGACAAAGGAAUGUACUCGCGAGCCAAUCCACUAGUAGAUAUGUCCAAAGCAGAAAAUAUUGUAUCAAAGUCACACAUGAAGCCUGGGGAAGGAAAGAAAGUUGAAUUUAUGGCGUCUCUAGGGCUGAUUACACCUCAGACAUUAGCAGAAAUCCAUAGUCGAAGAACCGAGAGAAAGCGAAGAAGCACUGCCAACCCUCAGUUUAGCAAUUACAGUCAGUACGAGCCCGAUCGCAAGAGGCAUGUUGGAUCCUACCUGAGUGCACACCCAACGAAUGAAAAGAAACGACGAGGUCGUCCACCAAAGUUCUCUGACGGUAGUCGACCAAGUUCACCUGAAGACGAAGAAAACUCAAUUUUCCAUUACAAUGGAAAUUUUAAAAGGUCACACAUGAAUGAUGGACAUGAUGAUAUCUGUGCUGUUUGUAAACAAAGUGGUGAAUUACUGAUGUGUGAUACCUGCAGCCUAGUAUACCACCUUGGCUGUUUAGAUCCCCCCUUAAGCUUUAUACCUGCUGGCAUAUGGAUUUGUCCCCAAUGCCAGCAGGCUGGUAAUGAUGGUCAGUGGCCUGGUACUUUGGCUAUUGUUCAUUCGUAUAUAGCUCAUAAAGCCGCUAGGGAGGAGGAGAAGAAGAAACUGAUGAAAAGACAAUCUGAGCUUGCAUCAGAACGUGGUCAGCUUGAAACAAAAGCACAGCAGCUCAAGGAAAAAAUUAUGCACGAGAUGAAGUCGAAAGGAGAACUCCUCGAUAACAGCAAGAAAACACAGACAUCUAUUGAUAAGUUGAAAAACUUUCUCAAAAUAUUCCAGGUUGUUCCUUCAUAGUAUUUGAUAACUCAAUAAUUGCUGUAAAUCUUUAUUUUCCAGCGCUACUGCUGCUCC